GCCUCCCAGGCGGAGCCUCAGCUAAAGGCGCGGAGCACUGGGCGCCUAGAGCGCGGCGUAGAGCAGCGCCCACAGGAGAGAAGUCGGAGGUGAGGAUCACGCCGUCCCACCCCACCCAACAGCGUCCACGCCGCUCCCGCACCCUUACUCCGGCCGGCCUUUGCCGGGCGCUACCGGCGGCCAUGCAGCCCCGGGGCUGAGGCGGCCCCAUGGCAAAGCCCGCGUCCCAGCGGUCCGGGCAACGACGGCGCAUGGAGAACUUCCGUAAGGUGCGCUCGGAGGAGGCGCCGGUGGGGGGCGGGGCCGAGGGGGGCGGCCCGAGCCCCGGCCCUUUCGCGGACCUGGCGCCGGGAGCCGUGCACAUGCGGGUCAAAGAGGGCAGCAAAAUCCGGAACCUGCUAGCUUUCGCCACCGCCAGCAUGGCGCAGCCAGCCACGCGCGCCAUCGUCUUCAGCGGCUGCGGUCGGGCCACCACCAAGACCGUCACGUGCGCGGAGAUCCUCAAGCGCCGCCUGGCGGGCCUGCAUCAGGUCACGCGGCUGCGCUACCGGAGCGUGCGCGAGGUGUGGCAGAGCCUCCCGCCGGGGCCCACACCGGCUCAGGAGCCUGGUGAGCCUGCCGCCAGUCUCAGCGUACUUAAGAAUGUGCCCAGCCUCGCCAUCCUACUUUCCAAGGAUGCACUGGAUCCCUGCCAACCCGGCUAUCAGCCCCCGAACUCCCAUCCUGCACCCUCGUCCCAGCCAACCGCACCGACGUUCAAGAGGAGCCUUGGAGAACCCGCGGCUGAUGAAGGCUCUGCGAAGCGGUCACAACACGAGCCAGGUGCUACGGAGGAGCACCGAACGGCCUGAGAACUCGUGGGUCUGAGCCACCUAGACCGGCUGGGGCUCACCCGCAGCGCCUCGACCUUGAGACGUAUCUCCAACCUUUUACGCCGCGGUGCUCUGGAGACAGCUCCUCAGACUGUCAGCAUGGAGCACAAGGCAACAAGACAAGGACCCUAGGGAAGCCUCGUGGAUGGUUGCUCCUCCACUUGUGUCGCCUGAGGACACAGAACUCCACCUUCAGCUUUUCUGAGCCAUAUUAGAACCUCCUGGGGAGUGGGGGGGGGGUGGACAGUGGGACUCUUGAGCCUUGCUAAAGACCCCCAAGAGUUAAAGACAUCCAGUAUUCAUGAGGGGGGCCUGGAGUGUUGGAAGCCCAGGAGAGCUCUUGGAAUCACCUCCGUUGGUGGCUAAGGGCCUGGGGUAAGAAAGCGACUGCUUCGAGGGCAGGGUAUCCGAGGUGGGGGGUAGUCUAUUCUGCCUGUCCCCGGGGACACCUAUUCAUUCCUUCUAUUUUUCCUUACCCUGCUCUUAAGGAGCAUCCUGAGAUCAUAGUGCAGGAGUGCCUCCAUGGAUGGGCUCUAGCUCUUUUAACAGCCCUCCCCCUUCCCAACUGGCCCUGGAGGAGAGACCCUGGACAGAACUCUGUGCCUACUCCCUUAAUCCCACAGCUGGAGACCUGCUUCCAAUAAAACAAACACACAAAAGACUCUGGCCUCAGGUUUUUUCCUUAUCACUUAGCCUAUGUGAAGGCUGCUUUGGCCUGCGCCCUGUGUCUCAGUCUCUGCCAGCCUGGAGUCCUUGGCCUUUGGAGUCUUCAGGGUCAGGCACAAAGACUGGACUGCUUUAAAAUGGAGCAAGAGGCCCACUGCCCAGUCCUUGGCUUCUCCCUCUCCAAGCCUUCCCUGGCUGCCUCUAGCCUCGGAGGCUGGUGGCCAGAUGGGGGCCUUUGUCCCCUGAUGUAUUACCACUGAGGGAAAGGGAGCAACACAUUGCUUUUCUGGGAAGGAAAGGAAGGCAAGUACCAAUGAACUCUUCUGGGGGUCACUGCCAAGGGAGGCGCACCUCACUGGGCUCCCUAAACCCACAGCCUCCUGCCAAUUGACAGCCUUAUCCAGAAAGCUGGCACAAAACCCCUCAUCACAAUGGGGAGGAUCUCCCCUUCACUGCUCUCUCUCAGAAAGGACAGCACACCCUUGGGAGAGGGGGAGGAGAGAGACUAAGCACAAAUCUACUGCUGGAAAUUACUAUUCAGCAGAGAAGCUGGAACUUAGGCUGUGAAUCACUGCAGGCUCCCUGAUAAGCUGCUGCCUCCAGCACCGCACAGCUGUCAGUUGAGAGAUAACAGCCUCAUAAGCCUCUCUGCCCAGCUCACAGUUGGGUGGGGGGAUGGGUGCUGUGUGCUGUAAGAAGUCUAGCAGGUGAGGGUGGGGGGCAGCAUAUAGCCCCAGGAUCUUAGAAAUGGACCCUACCACGUGCAACUCAGCAGCACCUCUGGAAAGGAGAUGGGAGAGAGAUGGGGAGAAUGGAAGUCUCUUCGCUGGCAGAACCCUGAAUAAAUUCCGGCGACAAGAGAGAAGACAUGCAGAGAGAAAAACAACAACAUCUGAAGACGUAGACAAAGAUUGGUGUACCACAGCUGCAAGCCAAGGAAUGCUGAGGAUUGCCUGCAAACAACAGAAGCUAAGAAAAAUGCAUGGAACAAUUCUUCCCUGGAUCCUUGAGAGAAGGCAUGGUCCUGCCGACAACUUAAUUUUGGACUUCUAGCUUUCAGAACUAUGAAAGAAUAAAUUUCUGUUGUUUUAAGUCA